AUGGCCACGGACGCUGCCUACAUGCCCUCGGACGAGGAGCUGGCCCACUUGCAAAAGCUGUCGAGCGAGUACGAGCCCGAGGCCACUGGCCCGCUUGUCGGCGAACGCCAGAGCAGCGCUGCCAUCACGACGCAGUAUGCUACUGCUGAUCCCGUCUACAGAGUCAAGACUGCUGCUCUGCCCGCCAAAUACGCCUACUUUCGCACCUGUCGCGGCGACGGCCACUGCGGCUGGCGAGCCAUCGCAUUCACCUACUUUGAAGCGCUGCUGCGCGUGGGCGACGUGACCAAGUUCGAGGAUGAGGAAGCUCGCCUCAACUCGCUGGGCAACCUGCUCGACCACAUUGGCUACUCGCGCGACAUCUGGAUCGAUUUUGCUGAAGAGGCAUUCGAGCUCCUGCGCAGCCUGGCCAACUCGCUGCGCAACAUGGACGGCGCUGCACCCGACAUCCUCCUCCAGUCGUUCAAUGACAUGGGCCAGUCCAUGGCCAUCAUCACCUACGUCAAGCUCCUCGCCAGCGCCUGGGUGCAAUCCCAUGCAGAUGACUUUAGGCACUUUGUACCCAUGGGCGACGUCAAGGCAUACUGCGCCAACAACAUUGAGCCUACACAGUGUGAAGCCGACAACAUUGGCGUCGCUGCGCUCGCUGAAGCCCUCGUCAAGCCUGCUGGCUUUGGCCUCGAGGUCUGGUAUCUAGAUCGCUCCCCAGGGGAAGAAAUCAACCGGAGCUUCUACGCAGAGCCAACAGGCCAUGGCCACAUCCCUGUUCAAAACGCCCCGAUGCUGAGACUGCUCUACAGACCUGGCCACUAUGACAUCCUCUACAAGGCAGGAGAUGUUCCACAGCCCAUCCAGCACCAGCCUGUUCCUCCACAGCAAACACUGCAUGUGGCGCUGGCCAAUUACACGGAUGAAUUUGUACCCACAGCGUCCAACGUGCCCGACAUUAUGACUUUGAUUCCGGGUAUGUAUCCAACGGGUCUCGGCCAGCGAUGGCCUUCGCUCUCGUACGACUUCAGUACCAGCCCCGCACCACAGGCUCAGGUCACGCCUGUUCAGCCGUACCCACCUGCGCCGACGCCGGUUACGCCGGUUAGCACCUCUCACUUGGACUUUGUUACACCAAUCCACACCAGCCAGUACAACGCGCCAAGCCAUCACAGCAUCCACCUCGACCAACCUCCCGUGACACUUCCCAUCCAUCCACCCCGUCCACCACCCGUGAGCAUCGAAAGAACAGCCCCUUUAGCCAUUGAAAGAGGCGGCCCCUUCAGGCCUUCAAUGUACGAGCUAGAGCCCGGCUUUGGCUCUUCCAUGCAAGUGCAGCCAUUCCAAACAUCCAUCUUUCGGAAUUCCCAUUUCAACACUGCCCACUUCAUGAAUCCCGACUUCCAGCCUGAGGAGUGGUGUCCAGAUGGCGAUUAUGCCACGGGCAACAAAGGACGACACAAGUCCUAUUCCUCAUAG